CCUACUGUGCAAUAUGUCUGGCAUCUACAUCCUUCCCUUGCUGUGUGUGCUGGCACUGUAUCUCACCAACACUGUGGGAGCAUUUCCACCUGAUUGCUGCUAUAGUUACACCAAGAAACCAUUACCUUUAAAGGUAAUUAAAGGAUUCACCAUGCAAAGGUCCUAUGAAGUUUGCGAUAUCGACGCUGUCAUAUUCAUAACCAGAAAAUUUAGAGUUUGCGCAAAUCCAGAUGAUCCAUGGGUCAUUAAAGCUGUUAAGGACUUUAGUUUGAGAAGAAGAAAAUACGUUGAAAAAUACCUAACGGAUAAAACCAACAUCACAAAAAACUAAGCUUUGUAAAAUUACUUUUUGCUAAAAUUGUAAGAAGCAAUAUAUGUGUUUUUUUUUUCAGAAACGUUUUAAUAUACUUUUUUGAUCAUAUUGUGUCACUACUACAUUUGCUUGAUAGAGCAGACAUAUUUUCUACGUUAUUGACUUUUGUACUAUAUAUUUUGCUGUAUAAUACAUUUGCAUAAGAAUUUCUGUUUUUCCUCAUUUUAUAUAAAUAAAUUUAUAUCUAAAAUAAAAUUCUCUGUAAAUAAUCAAA